UCUUAAACCCUAAUUCAAAAACCCUCCCCAAAACAGAUUGAGCUGCAAAUUUUGAUCCUAAUCACUGAUUCAAUUCAAUAAUCAUUUCAAUCUAUUCUUCUCAGAAUGGGGAUUCCGGCGUUUUACCGGUGGCUGAUCGAGAGAUUUCCGCGGUCAGUUGUUGACGUGCUGGAGGAUUCGUCGCCGGUAGUUAACGGAGUUAGGUUGCCCGUCGACAUCACGAGGUCGAACCCUAACGGAGUGGAGUUCGACAAUCUGUAUCUCGACAUGAACGGCAUUAUACAUCCGUGUUUUCACCCUGAAAACGGGUCUCCUCCGAAAUCUUACGAUGAAGUGUUUGCCGCAGUUUUCAAGUAUAUUGAUCGGAUUUUCGCACUGGUUAGGCCUCGCAAGCUUCUGUUCAUGGCCAUUGAUGGUGUUGCCCCGAGGGCUAAGAUGAAUCAGCAGCGAGCAAGACGUUUCAGAGCAGCUAAAGAUGCAGCUGAUAUGGCUUCUCUAUUAGAGAAACAAGGAAGCGACCAUGAGGAGAAAGAUAAACCGGCAGAAAGUGGAGUGCUCGAUUCUAACUUAAUCACUCCGGGGACUGGAUUCAUGGAAUCACUUUCAUCCGCACUUCAAUAUUAUGUACAUUUAAGGAUCAACAACGAUCCUGGUUGGAAGGGAGUCAAGGUAAUCCUUUCUGAUGCUACUGUACCUGGUGAAGGAGAACAUAAAGUGAUGUCUUAUAUCCGCUUGCAAAGAAAUCUGCCUGGAUUUGAUCCAAACACACGGCAUUGUUUGUAUGGUUUGGAUGCAGAUCUUAUCAUGCUUGCUUUGGCUACCCAUGAAGUUCAUUUCUCAGUUUUAAGGGAGGAUGUCCGAAGACCGCCCCCUGAUAGCAAAGAUCACAAGGCUCACAACAUGAAGAAGGCAGCUGGAAAGACCUAUUUGGAGCCCAAGGAAGUUCCUUCACAAUAUCUUGAAGACAUCAUAUCAAAACAGAAGUUUCAGUUUCUCAAUGUAUGGGUACUCCGGGACUAUUUGGCGGAGAGCCUGAGAGUACCAGAUCCAACAGUAAAAUUCGAUCUUGAAAGAUUGAUAGAUGAUUUUGUUUUCAUGUGCCUUUUUGUUGGAAAUGACUUUCUACCCCAUGUGCCAUCAUUGGAGAUAUCAGAGGGGGCUAUCGAUUUGCUUAUGUCUGUUUACAAAAAAGAAUUUGUCCGAAUGGGUGGCUAUCUCACUAAUGCUACUGAGGUAAAUUUGAAAGGAGUGGAACACUUUGUUCAGACACUUGGUUCUCAUGAGAAUGCAAUUUUCAAGAAACGACAGCAGGAACAGUUGAACUGGGAGCAUCGCGCAAGACGUUUUCCUGCCAAAUCCAAUUUGCAAUCUGAUGCCACAUUUGUGGCAGACAAGGUAAAUCUAGGAGAGGACGGUUGGAAAGAGAGAUACUACACCGAGAAGUUUGAGGCACAAAGUGAUGAUGACCGUGAGACAGUUAAAAAAGAUGCUGUCUUGAAAUAUGUUGAGGGGAUAUGCUGGGUCAUGCAUUAUUACUACCAAGGAGUAUGCUCAUGGCAAUGGUUUUAUCCAUACCAUUACGCUCCCUUCGGAUCUGAUUUCCGAGACCUAGACCAGCUCGAUAUUCACUUUGAACUCGGGAAACCCUUUAAACCAUUCGACCAAUUAAUGGGUGUCCUGCCUGCUGCAAGUGCAGGAGCGCUUCCUUUAUGCUAUAGGAAGUUAAUGACAGAUCAAGCAUCCCCUAUCCUGGAUCUCUAUCCCACGGAGUUUGAUCUGGAUUUGAAUGGGAGAAAACAAGCAUGGAAGGCUAUUUGUAAAUUACCCUUUAUUGACGAGGCUCGUCUUCUUAGUGAGAUUGCAAAAGUAGAAAAUACAUUAACGGAUGUGGAGAGGCGGCGAAACACUCUGGGCGUUGAUCAACUAUUUAUUAACAUUUCACAUCCUUUAGCGGCCAAAAUAUUGACUUUCUGGGAACGGAAUAAAGAUCAUCCGAAGCUGCAGAGAGCUAAAGUGAGGACGCUAAUUAACCCAAGAUUCAGUGAUGGAAUGAAUGGGUACGUGUACAUAUCCGACAAGCCCAUUUGCCCUCCAGAGAUCCCAUCUCCUUUACAUGACAUGAAGACAAUCACGCCGAAUAAAGUCUUGCUGGUCUUUUAUAAACUUCCCGAUCUUCAUCCUCACAUCCCUAGACCACCAGAAGGAGUUAGAAUGCCUAAAAAGGUUAUUGGCAAGCACGAUUUGCUACCUCCACCUACGCUGUGGCAUCAGUCGGCUGUUUCUCAGAGCAGAUUUUCCACCCGGCCUGUUCCUCCAAAGUCGAUUGCAGGAUCGUCUCUUGCAGAAAUCUGCCACAGUCUCGUUGCUAAAACUUACAGCAGCGAAGACCGAGGAAAUGCCAUGAAACGAAGCCAUGAUGCUGCUAUGAAUCAUAGUGGAAAGAAACGCAAGAGGCGUGGUGGAAAGUCAAAAAAACGCAACGCCUAGUGCUGCUGCAACGUUACUGCAGAGCUUCAACCAAGGCGGCACAUCACUCAACCCCUCAUAACAUGUACCUUAUCUGCUAACGCAGGGUGGAAGGCUACAAGUAAGUUUUCUUGAAACAAACUCCGGUUUGUUUUUUUCUCCGAUAACUGCCUUUAGAUCAGUGUUGUACGUCCCUACUAUUUAGCUUCAACCUAUUCUUUGUAAUACUGUAGUUUUUGUCAUUUCUACCAAAUGUUGUAUCCAUUUAUUUGUUGUAAAAUGAUUUGAUUCAUUUGGAGUCAUCAACUCAAGAAAGAAACAAAACAAUCCAAUUUCUUCUA